AUGAGGGAAGCUAAUCCAGGGUCACACACGUCUUAUGAAAGGGAUUCUGAAGGGCGAUUCAGAUUCCUCUUCAUCUCCUUUGGUCAGAGUCUUCGCGGUUUCUAUGUUGCAAUUCGGAAAGUUAUUGUUGUAGAUGGGACGUUCUUGAAGAGCAAAUACAAAGGGGUAUUACUGGUUGCUACUGCAUUAGAUGGAAACUCUAAUUUAUAUCCUAUUGCAUUUGGAAUUGUCGACUCAGAGAAUGACCUUGCGUGGAACUGGUUUAUGAGACAACUUAAUGCGGUCAUUGCUGACGAGCAUAGUUUAGCUUUUUUGUCUGAUAGGAAUUCCUCGAUUGCUAAAGCUAUUGCUAACGUGUACCCGCAAGCUCAUCACGGAAUUUGCAUUCACCACUUGCUGAAUAAUGUCGUAACAUAUUUUAGUGGGAAAGGUGUGGCUGGUUUGGUUGCAAAGGCUUCUAAAGCUUAUCGAGCUGCUGAUUUUCAAGCCGAUGUGAGGAAGUGGGCUCGUUGUCAAUUCCCGGGUUACAGGUAUGAUAUCAACACUACUAACCCUGCGGAGUCGAUAAAUUCUGCUUUGCGUACGCCUAGAGAGUUUCCAGUAAUACCUCUAAUGGACAGCAUUAGGGAAAUGAUGACUCGAUGGUUUUUCCAACGUAGAACUUUAAGUUCUAAGCACUCGAAGCCACUGACCAUUGCUGUGGAGAAGAAGAUAGACAGAAGGAUUGAGAAGGGUAAAAAGUUUAAGGUCUUCCCGAUUAGCGAUGACAGGUUUUUGGUUCAAGGUGACACUUUUGACUGCAUGGUUGACUUGGUCAGACGCACGUGUUCUUGUGGGAAGUUUGAUCUGAUGAAAAUCCCAUGCAGGCACGCCAUAAAAGCAGGCUUCAGUGUUGGAAUACAAGCACACACACUCACAGACGACAUAUACACUACUGCGUCAUGGCGCACGGCUUAUGAAGAAAGCAUAAAUCCUAUUGGUGUCCCUGAAGAUGCUUGGACUGUUCCAUCUCAUGUGGAGCAGACGAAAGUCCUUCCUCCAGAGUCUAGACGAGCUGCAGGUAGAAGAAAGAAACGCAGAUACGAGACAGCCGAAGAUAAGAUCCGUUCGUCACAAGGAAAUCAAGGCUCUAAAGGUCGCAAAUGUAGCAUAUGUGGGAUUCGAGGGCACGAUAGGAGAACAUGUGAUCGAGCAAUAUAG